UAAAAAUAAUAAAUCAGUGGAGUUUUUAUAAAUUUAUAGUAAAUUAUUUUAAUGGUUUAUUUUUAUAAUAUUUUGGUUUUUUUGUGCAAUAUUUAUGUUGAAAAAAAUAAUGAUAAUAAUGAUAUUGUAAACACUGUUAUUUAUUUUAUACUUUCAUUAUUUUUUGGUUACUAAUUGUUUAUGUGUUGUGAAUAAUUAUGAAAAUGGCUCAAGAAAUAAUAGAUAUUAAUCUAACUCACCAAGAAUUACAAAUUCUAUCAGAGUUAGACAGCCGGCAGUUUGGUCUUUUGAAGUUGAACCUACCGGAGCAUGCUAAGAAAAAAGCACUGGUUGUUAAAGCUAUUAAAUAUCUGGAGAAGAUGCUGAUACAGGCCCAAGCUGAGAAAACUAAAAAACGCAGGAGGAAAUUAGACAGCCUCGAAGAUGACAAUUUUCAAGAUAAAUUCGAGGAUGAGGAUAAAGGGAUCAGUAUAGAUCCCAAAACUUAUUGCAAGUUGGGACACUUUCAUUUGCUGCUGGAAGAUUACAGCAAAGCGAUGUCGGCGUAUCAGAAGUUUUUUAAUUUAAAAAUUGAUUAUUGGAAGGACGCGUGUUUUCUUUUUGGCCAAGGACUUUGUUAUUAUCAUUUUAAUGCCUACCAAUGGGCUGUGAAAUCGCUGCAGAAGGUUUUAUGGGUGGAUCCAAGUUUUCCGCGUGCCUGUGAAGUUCAUGUUCGGCUCGGUCUUUCGCACAAGGUCCUCUCCGAUUUUGAUGCUUCACUCAAACACCUGACACUUGCACUUAUUGAUGCUAGUACACCAGCAUCAUACACCAAACUUGAAAUCAGAUUCCAUAUUGCCCACUUGUACGAAGUACAAAGUAAAUAUCGGCUGGCCAAGGAGCAUUACGAAAUUUUGCUUAAAGAAAGGGCUCUAUCACUUAAUCUAAGAUCGGAUAUUUGUCGGCAAUUAGGAUGGAUGUACCAUGUGGUUGACAGUUCUAUCCUCGGUGUGCCCAAGCAGCAUAAGCAUGUGUUUGCAAUCCAGCUUCUGCAGAGAUCAAUUGAGGCAGAGCCCAAAAGUGGACAGAGCCUUUAUCUGCUGGGUCGCUGUCUAGCAGCUGCUAACAAAAUUCACGAAGCCUUCGUUGCUUACAGAAAUUCUGUCGAGAAAACUGAAGGUAAUGCAGACACGUGGUGCAGCAUAGGUGUACUCUAUCAGCAGCAGAACCAGCCUAUGGAUGCACUCCAAGCUUACAUAUGUGCAGUACAAUUGGACAAAACGCACUCAGCAGCUUGGACUAAUCUUGGAAUUUUAUAUGAGUCUGUUAGUCAACCAAAAGACGCGCUCGCUUGCUAUCUCAACGCUUCGAGAAGUAAUAGUAAUUUAUCAAGUCCUUCGACGGCAUUAGUCGGACUGGGUGGUGUUAAAUCCGGGGGAAACGUUCCUAUGAAUCCAUCUUUACAUCAGCGCAUAAAUUUUCUCCAGAGUCAUCUCAGUCAAGCCCCGAUGCCAUCAGUUGCAGCCAAACGAGCAUUGCCGUCAAUUGAAGAAGCAUGGAAUUUACCAAUAAGCGCCGAGAUGUCUAGUAGACAACAGCAGCAGCCUGCGAGCCAGGCAGGUUAUAAAUACAGUGCGACGACACCUACAGGACCCCCACCCCCUUAUCCUCAAGGUCAAGGACCAAACAUUGUCACUACAAAAAGAUUUAAAGCCGGCGAUGAGCCAAUAGCCGUUCCGCCUCAACAGCAGCAGCAGCAACAACAGCAGCAGCAACAACAACAGCCGCAGCAGCAACAACAGCGACCACCCCCAUUUUACCUGACAACUCAACAGCUUCAAAUGCUGCAAUUCUUCCAACAGAAUCAGGGAAAUCUGACCCAACAGCAGCAGGGCGUAUUGCAGCAACUGCAAGUGCAGUACCGGCUUAUGCAGCAGCACCAGCAGCAAAUUAGAUCACAGCAGCAGCAAGCCGCUCAGAGGGGAUUAAGACCCGGGCAACCCGGAUAUCCGACAGGUUAUACAAAUAUCAGAGAAGGACAGCAGCCCCAGCAGCAGCAGCCACAGCCAGGUGUCAUUAAGAACUAUGGAAUGUCACAACAGCAACCGCAGGGUGGAACUGUCGCUCUGCAAACCGGAUUUUCGGAUUCAAAUGUUACCUACAAUACCGCCGCUACCGGGAACACCCAACAGAGCCCGGGUAUGCCGUACAAAUCAGCAGCUGACUCGAGUUAUUCACAGCGUAAUCCUGGUCAGUACAAUCACUAUCAGUCGAAUCAAUACGGGACUCAAGGUUACACUCAGAUAACUUCAACGACGGGAAAUAGUUAUCCCGAAAGUAGUUCUGCGGGUGGUAAUAAAGAUAUGAAUGUAAUUGAUCAAGAGCUACAUGCUUUGUUAUCACAAAAAGAUCUUGCGACAACCCUGGCCGAAGACCUGCUCAAGCACUUUGGCUCCGAGGAUUUGGAUGUCAAGGAGGACAGUCCGUCCAUUAUGAACAAUGGGACUCUGAGCUCGGGCCCGUUCUCCCCCUCGAAUUUGGAGACCAAUGAAAGAAUAAAGGAAGUUAAGGUCGAGAAGGUGGACACGGACUGUGAAAUAAAUUCGGUUGCUGAAAGUGUUAAGUGCGAGGCAACAUCUAGUACCAAUAAUAGUAAUAAUAAUAAUAAUAAUAAUAAUAGUAAUAAUAUUAAUGUUAAUAAUAGAAUCGACUCAAUUCGUAGCAACAGUAGUAAUAGUAGCAAUAGUGAGCCAGUUUUGAAACUCGAGAGUCUGAGGGAAUCUCCGGUCGAUCCGGAAUUCUCCAUAGAAAUGGACGCGAAGAGUAUUAUCGAAGCUUGCAAGGGUCAGGGUUUAAAGGGCGUGCCAAAUUGCUCAAUACUAUCAGACCGUUCGCCACCACCGUCACCACCCGAUCCUCCGGCCCAGAGACUCACCAGAGAACAGCUUUUGCCCCCAACUCCAAGUGUAUAUUUAGAAAAUAAAAAGGAUGCGUUUAGUCCCCAGCUCCAAGAGUUUUGUCUUAAGCAUCCGAUUGCUGUGAUUCGUGGCUUGGCGGCUGCACUUAAGCUUGAUCUCGGUCUCUUUUCGACAAAGACACUAGUCGAGGCAAAUCCCGACCACGGAAUCGAAGUGAGGACCCAGAUGCAGCAGACCAGUGACGAAAAUUGGGACCCCAUCAUGUCGCGGAAAGUCUGGGGCUGCAUAAGCCACCGCAGUCAUACGACGAUAGCCAAGUACGCGCAGUAUCAAGCUUCUAGUUUCCAAGAAAGUCUCAAGGAAGAGCGCGAAAAAUCACAGGGUAUACAUACUGCUAAUUUGUCAGACUCGGAUUCGAAAGACAGCACUGGAGUGGUUAAAAAAAAAAAGAACUCCUAUGGAUUGGCUGGACGACCGGGUUCCAAGAUGCUGCGGUUCGGUACAAACGUUGAUCUGUCCGACGAGAGGAAGUGGAAGACGCAGUUGCAGGAGCUGAUGAAAUUGCCGGCAUUCGCUAGAGUCGUCUCUGCUGGGAACAUGCUCAGUCAUGUUGGACACGUGAUUCUUGGUAUGAAUACGGUCCAGCUGUACAUGAAAGUUCCUGGCAGCCGGACACCCGGUCAUCAAGAGAACAAUAAUUUCUGUUCGAUAAAUAUAAACAUUGGACCGGGUGACUGCGAGUGGUUUGCAGUUCCUGACGCUUACUGGGGAGUCAUUCACAAUCUCUGCGAGCGUAACAACAUAAAUUAUCUCCAUGGUAGCUGGUGGCCGUCGCUCGAAGACUUGUACGAUGAAAAUAUACCAGUAUACAGAUUUUUGCAACGACCUGGUGACUUGGUCUGGGUCAAUGCGGGAUGUGUGCACUGGGUCCAGGCUGUUGGCUGGUGUAACAACAUCGCCUGGAACGUGGGACCACUGACGGCACGACAGUAUCAGCUGGCUAUCGAACGCUACGAAUGGAACAAACUCCAGUCAUUCAAGUCUAUUGUUCCUAUGGUACAUUUGUCGUGGAAUUUAGCAAGGAAUAUUAAAGUAUCUGAUCCACGUUUGUUCGAGCUUAUUAAAAAUUGUUUGCUACGAACAAUGAGACACUGUUGUAUUAUAUUAGAAUUCGUUAAGAACAAAGGCGUUGAAGUGAGAUUUCAUGGCAGGGGAAAGAACGAAGCGUCUCAUUAUUGCGGCCAGUGUGAGAUUGAAGUCUUUAAUAUUUUAUUCAUAAGAGAACAAGAAAAACGUCACGUAGUUCAUUGUAUGGAUUGCGCCCGCAAACAAUCCCCGUCACUCGAAGGAUUCGUGUGCCUCGAGGAGUACAGAAUGCGUGAUUUGAUGGACGUGUACAACGGAUUUACACUUCACACGACUUCAAUUUCAUCCGCGAUCGCGGCGCCACAGCCCACCCAGACCUCUUGAGGAUUCUUCACCGAGCACAGAUAUUUCGAUUACUUUUAACCACUGCAGUAGGCAAGCUACUUUACGACUUAAAUGUCUGUCUGUCUGGCCAAAAUUCAAGAUAUAUAUAUUUAUAUAUAUACAUAACUAUAACAGUAAUAAGUAAGUCAACAAAAGUAAUAAGCCUCGUCCACGUACCUGAGAGUUACUUUGUGAAAAAUGAAGAAAGAUAGAACUCGUAUGGUGAGAGAGCGUGGAACCUUACGUGUAGUUGCUUUAUUUUAUUUUAUUUUACUAUAAAUACAAGUUAGUUAGAACUAUUUGUACAAAUAAUUAGCCUAAUUAUCCGAUAAAUAAGUACCAAGCAUCAAUUUAUAUAAAAAAGAAUCGCCUUUAAAUAAUAUUAAUAUUAAUAUUAUUAUUAUUACUAUUGAUAAUAUUAUUUUUAAAUAUUAAAAUUUAAUCGGCGUGUUCUUAUUGAUAUCAGUUUAUAAAAUAAAUUAUAAAGACCCGCAUACAGCAGUAAACACAAAGAAAUUUAUCGUUAGUGUAAAAGUGAUGAACGCUUUGCCACGUUAAUUAUUUCUAUUAUUAAUUAUAUUGACCGAUUUUAUUUAAAUUACGAUUAUUACAAUUACGACUACGACUAUGACUGUGACUACACUGCCAAUUAUUAUUUUUAAUCAUUUUUUUUUUAUACUAAAUUGCGCGGCGAGGGAUAAAAUAAGACGAUUUCAGACGAGGGUCAAAUUGACAUCUGAAUUAUAGAUCGAAUUUUAUUCCGCGCCACGGAAUAUAUUUUUUAUAUUUCCUGCAUUGAUACUGAGAGUUUUAAUGUCUGGAGUCAGUCGGAGUCGGCUAAUUUUUAAUAGGCGCGGCAAAAAAUUUUGUAUUCAAAAUUUGAGAUUUUAAUAAUUUCACUAGAAAAAUCAUGAAUUUUUAUAAAUUUUUUUUUUUAACUCUUUUAUUUUUUAAUUUUUAAACACAGAAUUGCCAUCUAAUGGCGCAAUUGGCUGACAUCCAUAAGAUGGCAAUUUUGAGGCUGAUUUUUUACUAUCGAUUAGGCACCAAAAUGUUGACAAAUUAAUCAGAAAUGUCAUAAAAAAAAUAUCUGCUUAAAAAACUUGACAUAAACGGCAAAAAUUUAAUAACAAAUAAUUGAUGUCAUCUAAACGACGUCAAUUGAGAUGACUUUCUAAGGCGGGAAAAAAAACACAAAUUUUCUAUUUACAAAAAAUUUGGCUUUGAGACAAAAUUGUGGUCUUUUUAAAAAUUUUUUUUAACAUCUCAAAGUUGUCUGCUAUUUGGGAAUGACAUAUUUAGAGGUUUACAACAAAAAGAUGCGAUUUCUUAAAAAUGAAAGUCAGUAAUUAAUUUCGCGGGAAAAUAAUCAGUUCGAUUGACAAAACACUCAAAUUCGCAAUUUCAAUGCAGUUGAUAUGAAUUAUAUUUAUUAUCAAUGAUCGAGGAUCUUUUAAAAAAAAAAAAAAACCGCAAUACUGCAUGCAAAUCUGCUCAAGGAGAAGCUCGAGGGAGUCUUUUUAACGGGUGACAAAAAAUAAUAAUAACAAUUUUUAUAAUAAAUAAAUAAGUAACAAUUAAAUUUUUUUUUGCCUAAAUCUCUUGACUCUUUUUUUAUAAAUAAAAUAAACUGUAAAUUUUCUCUAGGACAAUUUUAAUUAAAUAAAUUGAUACCUAUUUUCUUAGGACGCGUCUCUCGCAAAACUUGAUAUUUUAUAAUAUAAAUAAUAAUAAUAAUAACGGUACUUUAGUAUCUCGAUUAAUGAAUUAAUUAAAUUAACGAAUGAAAAUAAAUGAAUUUAAAACGUUGAUAAGAAGAUAAAUGCGCGCAACUGAUAAAAUGUGUAUGUAAUUUUUAAAAUCAGUGGAAUAUAGUUUUAUUUACAAUUUAUUUAAGAUAAUUAUUAAUGAGUAAUAAUAAUAAUUAAAAAAAAAUAUCACGGGAUUUUAAUAUGAAAUGUUGCACGCAAUAAUGAUCUCAGUUCAAUAAAAAAUAAAUCGGCAGCAACUUUCAAAUUUAUUCUGCCAAUUAUUUAUAAAUGGAUUGUAAAAAAUAAAUAAUAAUAAUAAUAAUAAUAACAAUAAUUAUGAUAAAUUUUAUAAUUUGUUUAGUUGUAUUGUAUUGUAUUGUAUUUAAUUGAUCAAUUGACAAAUGAUAAUUUAGGAUUUUGAAAUAACGCGGGAGCGUUUUUUGUGAAGGAAAAAAAAUAGGAAAUGAUUAAUUGAAAUUUGUAAUUUUUUUUUUUUUAUAAAAUUUUUCUUGGUAUCGUUUUUAUUUUUAUUUAAACUAUUUUUAUUAUUAUUAUUAAUUAUUACUACACUAUUGUGACAAUUGCUACUAUUUUUGUAAAACAAUACUGUAGUAUACUGUAAAAAAUUUGCGGAGUAAAUUCGGAGCGGAUGAAUGGAAAUUUUUUUAUUAAUUCCUCUUGGAGUAAAAUUUACUCCGAAGGGGAGUUUAUUUUAAUAUUAAAACUCCGAAUCGGAUGGAAAAAAAUCUGGAGAACUCCGAAAUCACUCAUUUAAAAAAAAACUCCUAUUUACUCCGUAGUCGGAGGUUUUUUUUAAACUCCGUAACUCAAAGUGACGGAAAAAAUUCAAAUUUAAAUUAAAUUCAAAUAAAUUUGAAAUUAUUCACCUAAAAAAAUCAACUCCUAUUUACUCCAUUUUCGGAGUUUUUUUUUUAAACUCCGUAACUUAGAGUGACAAAAUGAAAUUUGAUUUAAAUUAAAUCUAGAGAACUCCGAAAUCACUCUUUUGAAAAAAAAACUCCUAUUUACUCCGUAGUCGGAGUUUUUUUUAAACUCCGAAACUCAAAGUGACGGAAAGAAUUAGAAUUUAAAUUAAAUUCAAAUAAAUUUGAAAUUAUUCACCUAAAAAAAUCAACUCCUAUUUACUCCAUUUUCGGAGUUUUUUUUUAAACUCCGUAACUUAGAGUGACAAAAUGAAAUUUGAUUUAAAUUAAAUCCAGAGAACUCCGAAAUCACUUCGCUGAAAAAAUAAACUUCUAUUUACUCUGUAGUCGGAGUUUUUUUUUAAACUCCGUAACUUUGAGUGACGGAGUAAACUUAAAUUUAAAUGAAAUCAAGAAAACUCCAAAAUUCCUCCGCUAAAAAUCUUCUAUUUACUCCGUAUUUGGAGUUUUUUUUAUACUCUCUAACUCCGAGUGACGGAAUGAAUUUGAAUUUAAAUUAAAUCUGAAUUCAUUUCCGAUUUUUUUACAGUAUACGGCAAUUUAACGCAAGAUAUUUAUAACUAAAUGAUGUUUUUAUAUAUUUAAAUAAUAACUGUAAUGGAUACUUUGUGAAAAAAAAAAAAAACAUAUUUUUGAGACAAAACAAUAGGCCAAUGAUUGUAAACAUUUAAAUUUAAAAUUUUAAGUAGUAAGUGUUUUACGAAAAUGAACAAAAGAUUAAAUAUUUUCGCGGGUAAAUUGUGUGGGCGAUCGAGUUUACUGAAGAACAAAGUAAAUUAAUUAAUAAAAUUUAAAAAAAUAAGUAGUAAUAAUAAUGAUCACCUAGAAUUGAAAUUAACAAAAAAAUUUCGCAGAGGCACAAAUAAGCGAAUAAAUAAAAAUAAUAAAAAAUGAUAGAUAUUUUUUUUAUCAUGAAAUUACGGAAACUAAUAAGUAAUAAUUAAUAACAAAAUUAUAUUUUCGAUUUAAUUCACAUUUAUACGGAUAAAAAUAUAGUGAAACUGUAGUUUGAUUAAUAGACUCUGAUAACAUUUAACAGACAAAAAUAAUAAUAAUAAUAAUAAUAAAAGUAAUAAUAAUAAUGAUACGAUAUAUGAUAUAAAUUUGUAUUGACAAACAUGUGAAACAAAUAAUAUUCACUGCCAAAUUGUGAUAAAUGUGUUUUGUCCAACAAAACAUUGAAGAAAAAAUAGUUUUUGAAUAUUGACGUCUUCAGUAGAAAAUUUACAAAUUUUAUUUUUUGGAAGCGAUCAGAAGUAAUUUUUUGACGCAUAAAAAAAAAUGUAUUGAGUGACAAGGGAUGAAAAUACGACCAGACAAAAAUGAGGUCAAAGCUGGCCCGUAGUUUAAUUUUUGAAUUUUAUUUAUUAAAAAAUUUUUAUUACAGAAAAUUAAAGAGCCAGAGUCAAAUUUUUCCUCAAUAUUUUUUUUCAUUUGACUCGGAAUUUUUUAAGGCAUAGAAAAUUAAAAUAGAAAAAUUGAAAGUUUUUCCCGAGUAUAAUUCGCCUUCGGGAAUUGUCGUUAAUUUUCGGCUUUUAAUGUUAAUGUGAACCAAUGACAUGAGAUUAGACUACUUUUCAGAGUGGGGGUAAAAACCGACACUCUAGUGGAGGAAUUUGGUACUCAGCGUUAACUGGAGCCGAAGGCGAAGGCUACCACUCUCUUAAAUUUGAAAUAGUGAAAAUUAUGACUAUUCACUGUUUACUAGUGAAAAGUAUGUCACUAAUUCAAAUAGCGGUAUAAUUUUCACUGGCAAUCAGUGAAUAUUGUCACGUGAUUUUCACUAAUUCAUUAGAGAUCACGUAGAGUAUUUUUUUGUAAUAAAAUUACCCAUAGGAAAUAAAAGUUUUAAAUAUUUCAACUGUCAGAUGUCAGAAUUUACAACAUUUAGAUAAUUUUAUUUAUAAUAAUAAAUUUUGGCGCCAAAAAAUUUAAAUUCAAUUUUUUAAAAAAUAAAUUGGUAAUUUUUCUACUGAAGACGUUAACAUCUUGAUUAUUAUUUUUGUACUCUUACUUGCACUGCGCUCUUUUUUGAUAUCACAAAUAAUAACUUAUCAGUUAUCGUAAAAAAAAUUAAUUUUUUCUGUACUGAGAGAAAUAACCGCUAACGUUUAUUAUCGUCACCAUAAGUUAGAUCACUGUCAGGCGCUUGAGUUUUUUUUAUUUAAUUAACCAUUUGUUAUUAAUAGGAUAAAUAAAAACACAUGUACAGUGCCUUGAUCACAAGAAGAAAUAAACAAAACAAAAAAAAUAAAACAUAAAUAGCGCCUUCGAACGACUAGAAAAAGUUAAAAAUAAAAAUAAAAUACCUGCUGGUUUUUUCACUUUUAAAUACUUGCAAUUAACGACAACCUACAGCAAUUUAUUAUUAUUAUUACAAUUUAUAAAUAAAGAAAAAUAUUAGGUAGAUUAUAUAUUAUUAUAGUAUAAUUGUAUAACUCUGUACAGCCCAUAAUAAGAUAUAAGAUAAAGAUUUAAAACGUAAUCGCGAAAUUAUUGUUUAUCUUAAUCUAUCAUUAUCACUAUUCUUAUUAAAAACUAUUGAUAAUUAUUA